GAGGUGUCGCAACUGCUUGCUCCGACCACAGGCACGGAUAGUGGCCUGCUCUAAAUCCAAAUGUGACCUAUAAAUGGAUAGGAAAAAUAGCCUGUGCCAUCUGCAGAUCGCGGGCUGUGGGGCGGCCUUUUAUUUGAGUUCCUGUCGGGUGUAGUUCUCAAGUAACCGCUGUUAGUCAUUUAAGAGCCAGCAUUGUCACAGCGGCUUAUUAAACCUAAUAGUGAGUUCUGAUUUCCUGUGUGCACUCCAUGUGAUCCCACUGCCACGCAGCUUUAGGGUUACCUAGUCCGUGUUUCUUUCUUCAGUACAGACUUGCCUAGAAAAGCAAUCCUGCAUCCGUCCUCAAAGUGAAGAGCUUAAAUAAGUUCAUUAUUUGUGUGAUUCGCGACAGUCCUGAGAGUUACAGGUUUAACCUGCCAUUUAAACUACCUUUUUUAAUGCCUGAGCUGAAUGCUAUGUUUAAAGCCUCACAUGUUAUUCGUGGUGUUUAAGUUUAAAAUUUCAUACAGACAGACAUUAAAAUUAAAGGGGAAGAUGGUCAAAUGUGCACAUUUUCAAUAGCGUUUAUUCCUUUCUAUAUUAAGUAGUAUGGAUAGGCAGAAAGUACUAGUGAGUCACUCCUCGAUGAACUUUUGUUCUCUUUCUUGUUUGUGUCAACAGAGAUAUCCAAGAAUUACUUGUCGAAGUGGAGUCAUCAUGUCCUUUUGUCCUGGUUUCUGUCCCCUCUUGAGUCUUAGUUAAUGUUCAGCAGUCCUGGGUCAGCUUGGCUGUGAAAUGUAUUGAGAGGUCCCAAAUGGAGAGUAGGGAUUGCCUUUUCACUUUGGCAGGUUUCCUUGAAUUUUCGGACUGAUUUCCUUCAGAAUUGGAGUAUUGUUACCUGCUGGUCAGAAUGGUUAAGUUUUUAUCUUGUUCUAGUGAGAACAGAAGAGACAGGAGUAUCACUAAUGUGCUGUAGCAGGUUUUCAGGUUACAAUGUGGAAAUUACCUGCUAAAUACUGGGUGGCUUUGGUGAUAGUCAUGUAUCCUGUGUUCAAGAAUUCUUACAACAUGUUGCUUGGGAAAUAAAAACCCCCCCACAGAUGGUAUGUCUUGUAAAAUGAGUAAUGCUUUGACUUCUCUUUUGAAACUAAAUGCUAGAUUAUGAUUAGCCAUUUUCUGCCUCUUGAGUGCUCCAGAGGACAGCAGAGCUGUACUUCCUGUCACGUUGGGGGUUUCAUCAUGCUCAGCUCUGGCUUGUCCAAUUCAGGUGUGGUGCUGUGGGUUGGUCACAGCAGCAUGGGAAGGUUUUUUCCCAACGCCUGCCUCUGGUGGAGCUGCCUUGCUGAAGGGCUUUGCUGUGCUGCCUUAAGCAGAGGCUUUUAUUUGUUCUGUCCUUGGAUUGAAGGAGUGAAGUCCUGGUUUAUAUCGGCUGCAAGUGCUGUUUGUAGGUCAGAAGAAGCACUGAAGUGAAGAGACUUGCCCCUGUUCUGUUGGGCUGUUGGAUCCUAAGGACCUGCCGCUAUCCAGAAGAAUCCUGAGUAAUCUCAGAGGUGAAGUUCAGCUUCCUUUUUACUAUGUGGAGCCCACAUUAGUUGUUAAAACAGCUGCUUCUUUGGAGGGCAUCUAGGCUAAAAGCCGUGUAAAAUGAGCAGUGUUACAGUGGAGCUUUGUGGCAGUUUUUAUAUCAUCAGGUCUAGAAGGGCUACUAAAACAGAUCUGAAUAUUGCUGAAUCUUAUGCAUGAAGGCUGAAGAUUAAUAGCGCCUCUCUUGUUCUAAGAGUCUUGAAUAUAUUUUAACUGCAAAGCCACAAAGACACAGUCUUCCCCUUCAGAGUAUGAGACAGGAAACUUCUUGUGUCAGAGGUGUCUCCUACAACUAAGAGAAUCACCAAGAAACUCCCUCUUUGAAGUUUGGUGCUCAAGUUGCACUCAGAAACUUCACAUGUGACCUAGGAAAGUGCUGUGGUGGCACAGGGAUCUCUGUCAUCAGUCCCUGCUGUUCAGCAGUAUGGCCAUCACACAGAACAAGGUCUAAAAUUCAUUUUUAAAUUGUUUCAGCUUCCAGCUGCAGUUACAGAGGUCUGUAGGAGCAUUUAGGUAAAUGACUGCCUUCUUCCUUCUCUAGAAAGGUAAGGUUUGAGGUGAAAAAGCACAACUAAACUUGAGUUUCUGGACAAGUUUGGGAGCUAAUCCAGGAGGCAGUAGUUUGCUGUAUCUUGCAGAAUUUGACUUGUCUCAGAAAUGCUAGAUGAGGCCAUAGUUGUAAUUUGUUUUCCAUUACUACUUUUCCUGCCCUGGUGAGGUAAAAUUGUGUUUCUGGUAUGUAGAGAGGGAAGGGACGAUGACACAUGGACAGACAGGACAGGCUGCUUUGUGUAACACAUCUGAGCUGUGGAAAACACUGAUAGCUGUGACUGAAAACUGUCCAAGAAGACUUAGGUAGCUUUCUUGCAGAAGGCUUACUUAAGGUGGCCUUGAUAGAUAAAAGGAACUGCUGGAAACUUGCCUGUGAUGACAAAAUGGAGGAGUAUUGACUAACAGAGCAGUGUUUGAACUCGGGUGGUUUUUACUGUGCUCAUUUUUUUCUCUUGCAAGUAACUGAAAACUGUAAUGGUGUCCAGAGUGCUUGGAGACUCUCCAUUUAAGGACUUGUCUUCUGAACCAGCCUUUUCUGGAUGUUGCUUCUUGAAGGUGGCUGUUUGCUUUCUCUGAAAACUGAAUCCUUACAGUUCACACUGCUGGGAAAUUCUGUCCUUUGUUAGGAUGUAGGCAAGUAAAACCACUGGCAGCUGUAGCCACCCUUUGCAGUUCCAGAUCCUUUACGGGAAGGAUGCAGAAGUUUAACGUGGAAAUACUGGUGAAGAGAAAAAGAAGCUUCAGGCAAACUCUGUUUGGAUGUGUUUAAGGUAUCUGAGGAUGGAGCAGCAUGCUUUGUGAUCACGUUUGUAUGGCAGCUGUAACCUUCCACUGCUUUGAGCUUGGUAGGGGAACAGGGGCCUCUGAAGAUAGAAGUUUUUAAAUUAAUCUCAGUCUAGAAGGAUCCUUGCACAGAGAUUGGUGUUUGACUUUAGAUUUCUGCUUCAGUUUGUGUAAUCUUUACCACUUUGUAUAGCAGAGGAAGAGAAACUUCCUCUGCUAUACAGAGGUUUUCCUUUUGAAGGGCAGUUAAAAAGGAAAGAACUCUGAAUCAGAUUUAAAACUUCUUUUUUGACAUUCCUUUGGGGCAGUGAGGAGUGAGCUUUUGUCCCUCGUGCAGCUCCUGACCCAGACUGGCAGAAGGACAGACUUGCUGUAGAUUGCCAUUAAUCUUUGUAUAAAAGCUCCCCCACUGUGUAUCUGAAGCAUAUAUACAUAUUUAAAAUUCAGAGACCCCAUCUUGCAAACGAAAAGCAGCAUCCACUCUGGUGCCUGAGCCCAGCUCCUGCAGUUGGCUGUGCCUGUGUUUUUCCUGUUUUGCAGUGUCAACGCGGUUGCUAUGAACACAGGCAUAAACAAUGGCACAGUGAGUGCCAGCUGCUGCCAGCAGAGCAAGCACUGCUCAGCCCUGGUGUCCUCAGAAGAAAUCUUGAACACUGAAAGGAAGCAGAGAAGACCGACCCAGUUACAUGAAAUCAAGUCAAUCUCUUUAAGUGCUCCAACCACCAGUUGUUUUAAUUUUGUUUAGCUGUGUCUAAAGUCUUGUUGCAGCUGUUCACUCCAGAACCUCAUUUUUGAGGGCAAAAACCAUCAUCUGGUCCCGCUGGAAGUUAGCUGUGAGGUUACAGAGCUAACGCGCUAGAGUAUGUACCUCUUGUAUUUUAAAUUCUCAGCCAUCUCCUGUGGUUGGAAUAACCACUUCUGUGCAGAAGAGAAAAGAACUGUUUUGAGGGAGGAGUGGAUAAAAAGCCACAGUAAAUUUAUGAAACGUUAAGGCACUUUACAAAUUCCUAAAUAACAAUUCACUUUUAGAUGCACAUUCUGUAUUUAAGAGCUAAAUGUCAGGAUGCUAAUUCUGGUUCCUUCUGGAGGUCAUGUGUUCUACUGCUCCUGUAGUGGCUUUCUUCAAGACUCAACUUGUGGGAUGUUCCUGUAAUCUGGGAUGCUGGAGGUCUGGGAGGAGGGGAAUCAUUCUGUGACACGAAUAAACUGCAGGGUUACAGGAGGAUUACCUUGAAGGGGGGAUCAGGUAAACUGCCAAACAUGCCAGAUAAUGAUUCUACUUCUGUUGGGUAGAGAAUAACAAAUUGGGAGAGAGUAUGUGAGGUAAUUAAAUAUCAGGAGACUUGAUCAAAACAAAGCUUGACAUGCAUAUUUUUAGACCGGUGUACUUUAAACUUGUCUUCAGGCACGCUUUAAAAAAGACUGCAGUUUAAUUGUGUAACUUUCUCAUUCUUCUCUCUCUGGUUCUGGAAGUGUUGUGUGAGUGUGCUGCAGCUCGGGGGGUGUGGCAGUGUGAGCACAGAGUGGUGACUGUGCAGGCUGGCUCUGCUCAUGCAGGACUGACCUGCCUUCCCAGUAUGGGCAAAGCAGGGAUUGUGCAGUUGGACAUUCUUAUGCUUCCAGAGCAUUCUAAGGAUGUUUUUCCCAGUUAGCCUUCGAUGUAGUUGGCAAGUGUCUGCUUUCUUAACAUAUUAAAUCAUUUCUUUCAUGUGUACCUGGAUGGAAUAUGCAUCCUGAGCUAUAGGUUAAUUACAAAGUAUAGUUUUGCUUUUCAGAGUUAAACUGCUGUUCAGAUCAUAAAAGACCUAAAGUCUUCAAAUGUUAAGCUAAAGGGCUUUUCAGUGCUUCAGGUUUAAUACAUAGAACGUCUUCUUACACUUCAGUCAGCAGAGGUAGUAGCUGCCAGGCAGAUCAUUCAAGAGAAAAUGUAACGACUACAAGGCGGAAAUAACUUGUAGAGAUUAAGUAACUGGCUUUUGAGUUUAACUCUCAGCAGUAAGGAAGGAGGUGCUUUACUGAAAGGGAUAAUGGCAUUAAGGCUGCUACUACAAUAAUUAAAGGGAUUUCCCUCUCUUUUUCCCUCUGCCUGAACAUUUGUAAGUUCUUGAAGUAAAGAGUGGCUACAAAAUAAUUAGAGGGAAAGUUACAUGGCACACUGUCUGUUCAAAGCAAAGUGGAGGCAAACUUUUAUCCCCUGCAGUGGUUUGUGUGGUCAUGAUCAGGCACUGUACAAGAAAGUAUUGACUUAACUGGAAGCCCUUUGUGGUUUCCAUUGCCGUUGCUGAGAGGCUGGGAGACUCUCUCAUUUUAAUGUAGCCUUUGGCUGGGGGAGCAGAAAGUGCUCAGAAAUGUCUUUUUUGUUCAGACAGGUGAUCUGCAGCCAUGAGCAGCAACGAGUGCUUCAAGUGUGGCCGUACUGGCCACUGGGCCCGGGAGUGCCCCACUGGGAUGGGCCGUGGCCGUGGGAUGAGGAGCCGUGGCAGAGCAGGCUUCCAGUUCAUGUCUUCGUCUCUGCCGGAUAUCUGUUACCGCUGUGGUGAGUCUGGCCAUCUUGCCAAGGACUGUGACCUUCAGGAGGAUGAAGCCUGCUAUAACUGCGGUAGAGGUGGCCACAUUGCGAAGGACUGCAAGGAGCCCAAGAGGGAGAGGGAGCAGUGCUGCUACAACUGUGGCAAGCCCGGCCACCUGGCCCGCGACUGCGACCACGCAGACGAGCAGAAGUGCUAUUCUUGUGGAGAGUUUGGGCACAUUCAAAAAGACUGCACCAAAGUGAAAUGCUAUAGGUGUGGUGAAACUGGCCAUGUAGCCAUCAACUGCAGCAAGACCAGCGAAGUCAACUGCUACCGCUGCGGCGAGUCAGGGCACCUUGCACGGGAAUGCACAAUUGAAGCUACAGCCUAAUUAUUUUCCUUUGUCGCCCCUCCUUUUUCUGAUUGAUGGUUGUAUUAUUUUUCUCUGAAUCCUCUUCACUGGCCAAAGGUUGGCAGAUAGAGGCUACUCCCAGGCCAGUGAGCUUUACUUGCCGUGUUAAAGGAGGAAAGGGGUGGAAAAAUCAACUUUCUGCAUUUAACUACAAAAAUGUUUAUGUUUAGUUUGGUAGAGGUGUUAUGUAUAAUGCUUUGUUAAAGAACCCCCUUUCCGUGCCACUGGUGAAUAGGGAUUGAUGAGUGGGAAGAGUUGAGUCAGACCAGCAAAAACCCUCUCUGGGUUACAGGGAAGUGAUCCUAUGCAGGAGGAAAGAAAUUCUGGAAGUGUCUAAACUUCCUCAUAACUUUUAUUUUAUUACAAUGGCCUUGGAUUGUCUGACCUCAGUAGCUGUUAACACCAAGUGAUAUCUGCAUCAGGCCCUACCUAGAGCAUAUAGCUGAGUGGGAGUAAACAAACAAGAUGCACAUGCCUGUUAAUGGCCAUGAGAGAGAGAGAGAGAGAAAUCUGAAAUAAAUCUAAAAGUAACAGUAAUUCAGUCAGUGAAUGUUAAUGUUGGAGAUACAGAACGCAAUGGGAAGCUUUUGAAUAAAUAUCUCAAAGUCAAUCUGAAACCCAGACAUCAGUGCUCAUAGCAUAAACAAUUUGGAGCUAUUCAGGAGUUGCAAAUAAAUGCAUUUUCACAGAAAUCAAGAUGUUAUUUUUGUAUACUAUAUCACUUAGACAACUGAGUUUCAUUUGCUUGUAAUCGGUUUUUAAAGUAAGAUGGUAAGAGCAAUUGAAGUCCUAGAACAUAGAAAAUGUAAUUUUAAACUAUCAAUAAAGCUGGAGGAGGAAGGGGA